UGCAAGUGGCUGCGGUAGGCGCGGUUCUCGCUGAGAGCGAUCAUGAAGAUCGAGUUUGCGCCGCUCARCAUCCCGCUGGCGCGGCGGCUGCAGACGGCGGCGGCGCUGCAGUGGGUGGUGACCUUCUUACUGCUGGCUCAGGUGUGUGUUGGCAUCUUUGUGAUACUGAUCAUAUACAACUAUUGGUUCCUUUACAUCCCUUAUUUGACAUGGCUUUAUUUUGACUGGCGGACCCCAGAGCAAGGAGGCAGGAGAUCCAGCUGGAUCAGAAACUGGCCUGUUUGGAAGUACUUUAAGGACUAUUUUCCAAUUCAUCUCAUGAAAACUUGGGAUUUGGAUCCCAGUCACAACUACCUCUUUGGAUUUCACCCCCAUGGAAUACUUGUGGCUGGAGCCUUUGGAAAUUUUUGUUCCGCCUACUCGAACUUCAAGGAGCUGUUUCCCGGCUUCACUGUGUAUGUUCAUGCGACCUCGUGUUGGUUCCGCUGUCCUCUCUUCCGAGAAUAUCUUAUGGGUCAUGGGGCUGUUUCGGUGUCGAAGGAAAGUCUGUCUUAUGUGUUGAGUCAGGAGGGAGGUGGAAACAUUUCAGUCAUUGUCCUUGGGGGUGCCAAAGAAUCACUGGAUGCCCAUCCAGGAAAAUUGACUCUGGUCAUCCGCCCAAGGAAAGGAUUUAUUAAAAUCGCUUUGACUCAUGGUGCCCAUUUGGUCCCAGUGUUUUCUUUUGGUGAAAAUGAUCUGUUUAAACAAAUUAACAACCCUGAGGGCUCAUGGCUUCGGACUGUUCAAGAAAAGCUGCAGAAGGUCAUGGGGUUUGCUUUGCCACUGAUUCAUGCCAGAGGAAUUUUUCAGUACAGUUUUGGCUUCAUUCCCUAUCGGAAACCUAUCCACACUGUUGUUGGCCGCCCCAUUCCAGUUCAGCAGACUCUGCACCCAACGCCGGAGCAGAUUGAAGAGCUGCAUCAGACCUAUAUGGAGGAACUAAGAAAAUUAUUUGAGGAGCACAAGGGGAAGUACGGAAUUCCAGAGCAUGAAACUCUCAUUUUUAAAUGAUUUUACUCUUGUAAGGCAUUAAGGAGCACAA